AGGGCCUGUUCCGUGCUGUACUGUUCUGUGUUCUAAAUGGGACUAGCUCAGGUAGGCACCUUGGUUGGCAUGAACAAGUUGGGCCGAAGGGCCUGUUUCUGUGCUUCUAACUCUGUGACUAGGCCUGUCUUCCGUAUGGUUCAGAAGAAUGAGAGGAGAUGUCAUUGAAGCUUAAAAAUUGUUACCAGCUGAACAACUGGACGCAGGGAGGAUGUUUCCCCUGACUGGGGAGUCUAAAAUAGGGGUGACCUGUCUCAGAAUCAGAGAUGGGCCAUUUUAGACUGAGGACAAAUUUGUUCACAUAGAGGGUGGUGAAUCUUGGAAUUCUCUGCCUCCAGGAGGCUGUGAGGGCUGAGUCAUUGAGUGUGUUGUGAACAGAUGGAUAGGUCUGACACUUGGCCAACAAGAGGCACAAUUUGUAGUUGUUGCUUGACCAAUGAGAAUGCAGUAACAUAUUUUGUUGUGUUUACCAGUGGUUGACAGGCUGCUGUACCUGUAGUUUUGUGAAGGGACUCCUGUUACAGUAUUUGAACCCAAAAUGCCCAAAGAAAAAUCAACAAGUGAUAGUGUGGGUAAUGUGUCAAGAACGUCAAGAAAGAGCAUCACGUUGGAUGUGAAACUGCAAGUGUUGAGGCGGCUCGAAGCAGGUGAGCGCCAGGUCGACGUUGGGCGAGAUUUCAAUUUAGCUACAUCGACCAUUCGAACCAUUUUGAAGAAUGCAGAAAAGAUUAAAGCUUCUCGCAAAACCACCACUUCAUUUAGUGCUACAAAAUUAACUCGUUCAAGGAGCAGCUUGUUGGAGAAGAUGGAGAAGGAGCUAUGCAUGUGGGUGGAAGAUCAGAUGCACUGUCGCAUUCCCUUAAGCCAGUUCAUGAUCAUGGAGAAAGCCAGGAGCAUCUUUAACCACCUGAAGGAACAAGAGGGCAAGGGAUCCACGCUGGAGACGUUCACAGCCAGCCGAGGGUGGUUCCUCAGGUUUAAACGUCGCAGCAACUUGCAGAACAUUCACAUCAGUGGGGAAGCCUCGCGUGCUGACGAUCAGGCAACACAGGAGUAUACUGACACGCUCAGUGCCAUCAUGUCUGGAAAAAGAUCAGCCAGUCAUGGUGUGGAUAGUAUGUCAAAAUUGUCAAGAAAGAGCAUCACAUUGGAUGUGAAAAUGCAAGUGUUGAGGCGUCUCGAAGCAGGUGAGCGCCAGGUCGAUGUUGGGCGAGAUUUCAAUUUAGCUACAUCGACCAUUCGAACCAUUUUGAGGAACGCAGAAAAGAUUAAAGCUUCUCGCAAAACCACCACUUCAUUUAGUGCUACAAAAUUAACUCGUUCAAGGAGCAGCUUGUUGGAGAAGAUGGAGAAGGAGCUAUGCAUAUGGGUGGAAGAUCAACUGCACCGUCGCAUUUCUUUAAGUCAACUCAUGAUCAUGGAGAAAGCCAGGAGCAUCUUCACCCACCUGCAGGAACAAGAGGGCAAGGGAUCCACGCUGGAGACGUUCACGGCCAGCCGAGGGUGGUUCUUCAGGUUUAAACGUCGCAGCAACUUGCAGAACAUUCACAUCAGUGGGGAAGCCUCAUGUGCUGACGAUCAGGCAGCACAGGAGUAUACUGACAUGCUCAGAGCCAUCAUCAAGCGUGGUAACUAUCCUCCUCAGCUUGUCUUCAAUGUGGAUGAAACAGGCCUUUUUUGGAAAAGGAUGCCAUCAUGCACCUUUAUCUCCCAAGAAGAAAAGUGUGCAUCUGGAUUUAAGGCUGCCAAAGAUCGCCUGAUGCUUCUGCUGGGGGGUAAUGCUAUAGGAGACCUUAAACUGAAACCCAUGCUCGUCUACCAUGCAAGAAGCCUUAGAGUGAUGGAAGGGUUUUCAAGUGAGCAUCUGCCUCUAAUCUGGAGGGCAAACAAGGUGGCUUGGAUAACAAUCACCAUAUUCCAUCAGUGGUUCACUUCAUAUUUCUGCCCAACAGUGAAGUCUUAUUGUGAGGAAAAUAACCUGGAGCUUAAAGCACUAUUGGUGCUUGACAGUACCCCAGGCCACCCACUGAACCUUGAAAGCCUCCCAACUUGCCUUCCUGUGGAGGUGGUGUACCUUCCAGCAAACACAACAUCCCCUAUCCAGCCAAUGGAUCAGGGCGUCAUUUCCAAUUUCAAGGCUUACUACCUUCGAUGUAUAUUCAAGCAACUCAGUGAGAUAACAGAUGGACAAGAUAAGCAGUCAAUUAGGGAAUUCUGGAGGUCGUACAACAUGAUGAAGGCCAUUGAAAACAUCAGUGCAUCUUGGGCAGAAGUCACCAGUGUUUGCAUGAACAAUGUUUGGCGGAAGUUAUGGCCAGAGGUUUGUGGUGACUCUGUGGGAUGUGAGGAGGGAGAGCAAGUGAUCAUCAGUGAUAUUGUCCAGCUUGCUGCCCAGGCGGGACUGGACGAAGUAGAUGCUGAUGAUGUAGUAGAACUACUGCGGUCUCAUGGAGAUGGACUAACAAAUGAGGAAUUGCAGGAGCUGGAGCAAUACUGUGUGUGUGUACAGACUGAGGACACUGAAUCAACAGAGACUCCAGCUGAAAGAAAUUUAAGCAUAGCAAUUCUGAUGGAAGGCAUCAAAAAAAUUGAGGAGGGAUUGGAGUUAUUUUCUGCGAAUGACCCAGACUGGGAGCGCAGCUUGUCGGUGAGGAGAAUUGUGCUCGACAGUAUCUCCUGUUAUAGGGAAAUGCUCAGUGAAAGGGAGAGACAAGCAAGGCCGCUAAGCCUGGGUUGUAUCAUAAAGGAAGAGCCACAGCCUGGCCCAUCUGCGCCAUAGCCUGGUUCACUGCCAG